UGAGCAUCGUGUGGCUGAAGGCGGAAGUGGUGUACGUACCAGUGACGUAGUUCCGGUUUACUGGUUUUUCGUAAACAACAAGAAGGUAAAACGCAACCGGACACGCAAAAGAACGCCUCGAACCUGACGGUCAAACUCUUUGUCACCAAUCUUCUAACCGUGUAUUACAUCAUUGAGCGUUUAUUCCCCGACGAGAGCGACUUCGUUUCUCCUGUGGUGUGUCCCUCGAGCUCUUUGUGGGAUGACAACAAACUAUCCGCUAACAGCUAGCUAGGCUAACAGCUAGCUAGGCUAACAACAGGCUAGGCUUACAGUUAACGAGGCUAACGCCAGGAGGACGUGCUAAAACGUUAGCCAAGUAGCUCAGCUCCCGCUGACGCUUGAUAAAGUGUCGCCCCCCUCACAGCGGAGCGGAGUCUCAUGGUGGUCCCGGCUCGAUGGGGAACUGCCUGUUUUCUCAAGGUGCGGAUGACCUGUCUCUACUGAACGAGUCGGAGGGGGGCAGUCUGCCCGGGGAGCCUCCGCCGCCCUACCAGGAGCGCGAGCAGCCUGUGCAAGUGUACCAUCCCACCCCAGGAGAGAGUCGCCUCGCUUACCAGCUGACCGAGGAGGAGCAGGUCCGCAUCGCUCAGCGAAUUGGUCUCAUCCAUCACCUCCCCAAAGGCGUCUUUGACCUGGGCACUGACCCCUCCGACAAGAAAGUUAAAGAGUGUGUGAUCUGCAUGAUGGACUUUGAGUACGGCGACCCCAUCCGGUUCUUGCCCUGUCUCCACACCUACCACGUGGACUGCAUUGACGCGUGGCUGAUGCGCUCCUUCACCUGCCCGUCCUGCAUGGAGCCGGUGGAUGCAGCGCUGCUGUCCUCUUAUGAAACCAACUGAGCAGCCCGACGACGGCUGCUCGUGCCUAAAACUAACCGCACCUUCUUAGCCAAAAACCUUUGUUUGAAAACGGUGCCCCAUUGCUUAGUCUGAUAUGCACCUUUUUAGGGCUUUUGAAACACUUUGCCUUUAACAGUAGGAAGAUGUGCCAAAUUAAGCUAGAUGAGGAAUAUAGAAAUCUGUACACGUAGCAAAAUAUUACUGCAAAGUAAUGUUGUUUUUGUACGGCUGACCGUCUUUUUUAAAUUUGUGAUAUUUUGACGUUAAUGUCUCCAUGAUCUACAUCCCCUUUCUAGACUUAUUGUGCAAUAUGUGCUGCCAAUGGAGAGAAGGCAGGAUAUUUGUCUCAGUCCAGUGAAGUUUUUUUGUCUUUUUAAAGAACAAUGUGACCUUGAAUGUGACAAAAACAAAUGGCCUCUUUACUGAUAUGCAAUGAUCAGGACACUGAAAAACAGUGAUGCUGUGUGGUCCCCUGAAUGAUAUAGAACGGUCUCCAUUCAGAUGCAAUUUUAUUUGACUACAGUUGUGGGUCCUUUUAGUUCCUUCUUACGCUGAUUUCAUAGAUGUGGAUCUGUUUUUGUUUUCUUUCUUUUGGCCUUCCAACACUAUGAACCGUCUCCUUUGCUUUAACUUGAGUUUGUGUUUUCUUUCAAAAAGCAGUCCUUAGUGUGUCCUUUUAAUUGUUUACUGCAAGUAAUAUAUACAAAGACAAGAUGUGCACGUCGGGGUGCUCCUCGCCUGUAGAGUGUGUAGGUGAUUGUGUGAUGUGUGUGUUGUCUGAGGAGACGGCGUGUACAGUUUGGCAUGUCGAGGUGUCAUUGUGAAUCGUUGGUUGUAAACCUCGCUGUAGUUCGCUCGUUUUCUAGUUCCAGGCUGUUGGGGUUUGUUUUGUGGUGUGAGCCUUCUUAUACAGCACGUGAUCAUCUCCUGGGUCUGGUCAAACCAAACCCCUUUCAACUAUUUGCUUUUGAACGUGUACUCUGUGAUACUGGCUUUAUGAUGUACAACACAAACUGUGUUGAAUUGUGAAAGUCUCGAAUGCAACGUGAAGUAGUGUUAAAACCACAUUAAGAAAUGAUACGAGUACAGUGAAUUUACCAUUUUAAAGCAUUAUUUCAGCCUUUAGAGAUGUGAACAGCAUAUGUGAUAAGACUUUUGUGAUUUACUCAGGCUGCUGGGCCUUUUACGGUUAAGGAAAGCCAAUUCCUGUGAAGUACAAUCCUCUGACAUGACUUUUUCUUCUAGUUGUCCUCUUGGGGCAAAUAAAUACCAGCACUGUACUGAUUUGUAUCACUAUGACUGCGGCCAGAAAUGAAGCAAAGGGAUUUGCUUUGGCUGCUGUUAGCAAUCAGUUUGGGUUUUAAUUUAUGAUGUGUGCCACCAGAGUGCAGAUUUAUUAAAAUGAAAGAGGACACCAGAUUUCA